AUAGACCGGAGAUCUCGUCCCACUCGACAAAUGAUGCGACAAGUAGCCCUCCUGGCGGUCGCCCUCUGCGCCACCUCCUCCCUGGCUUUCCUGACCCCGCCCCCCCGGCCUGUGCGCUCGAGAUGCGGCGUCCGCGACCGGGUAUUGCAGAUGUCAGGAGUUGAACGCAAUCCCAAUUUCGGCAAAUUGAUGGGCGGUUAUCUCUUCCCGGAAAUUGCCCGCCGACGAAGUGCAUUCCUUGAGGCCAACCCUGAAGCGAAAAUUAUCUCUCUGGGCAUCGGCGACACCACUCAGCCUAUCCCUCCCCACAUCCUCUCCGGCCUCGUGCACGGGGCGUCCAAGCUCGGCACCCCGCCGGGCUAUUCUGGGUACGGACCCGACCAGGGCGUGAAGGACCUGCGGGAGAAGAUCGCGAGCACGCUGUAUGGGAACCGGAUCGAUCCUGACGACGUCUUCGUCUCAGACGGCGCUAAGUGCGACAUAGGGCGGCUGCAGGUCAUGUUCGGCAAGAACGUGGUCACGGCUGUCCAGGACCCGUCCUAUCCCGUGUACGUGGACACGGCGGUGAUCAUGGGGCAGACGGGCCUGAUCAACGAGCAGAGUCGCCAGUUCGACGGCAUCGUCUACAUGCCCUGCAACCCCGGCAACGACUUCUUCCCCGACCUGGCCGCCCUCCCCCAGCGCCCGGACGUCAUCUACUUCUGCUCCCCCAACAACCCGACCGGCGUGGCGGCGACCAGGCCCCAGCUGGAAGCCCUCGUCUCCUACGCCCGGGAGCAAGGCAGCGUCAUCGUCUUCGACGCCGCCUACGCGCCCUUCAUCCGGGACCCGAGCCUGCCUAAGUCCAUCUUCGAGAUCGAGGGGGCGCUCGAGUGCGCCAUUGAGGUCAACUCCUUCUCCAAGUACGCAGGCUUCACGGGCGUGCGACUGGGCUGGACCGUAGUGCCGAAGCAGCUUAAAUUCCGGGAUGGGAGUUCGAUGCACGCGGACUUCAACCGGAUGAUGAGCACCACCUUCAACGGGGCCUCCAACAUCGUGCAGGACGGAGGUCUCGCCAUCCUGGACAAGGAGGGGCUGGCGGAGAUCCAGACACUCAUCAGCUAUUACCUGGCGAAUGCGGCGAAGCUUCGGGCCACAGUAGAGGCGAUGGGUUACAAGGCGUACGGCGGGGACAAUGGCCCCUACGUCUACGUGGACCUGGGUGGAAAGAGCAGCUGGGAUGUCUUCAGUGAGAUUUUAGAGAAGGCCCAGAUUGUCACAACUCCUGGUGCUGGGUUUGGGCCUGGAGGGGAAGGAUUUUUGCGGUUGAGUGCAUUUGCGUCCAAAGAGAACGUGGAUGAGGCGUGCGAACGGCUCCAAAAGGUUAUGGUGAAGUAAGCGAAUGGGGCAGGAAGGGUGGAAAAGAAAUGAAGGCGACGGGCAAAAUUUGGAGUAGGGUAAAGAAAAUACUUCAUAUUUGAUA